GCUCGCCUUUCCUACCUUUUUGUACCAAACCAUUGUCCGGAACUUGUUGUGCAGCGGAAGUAGGGGCCAGACGAGCAUAGAUAGACGCUGCACAACGGGACGGUCGUCUUGUUGUUAUACAGCCAUGCCUUAAUGUUGUUGAGUGAAAUGCUCUAAAACUAAGAGGUCAUUGUAGAAAGCCAGAUCAGUGGAAAUAAUCACUGGAUCAAUAAUGGUAACGCGAUCAAUGCCCACCGCAGAGAGUCAGGCGGUCGGGCGAAUUAGUUGUUUGGAACACCUCCCCAUGGGGUCAAACCCAGCAGAGAGUAGGAGGCAGACCGUCUGGGAAAGGGAAUGCAUCAAGGUGUAAACAAUUAACAAGUCACGUCGCUCCUGCUUUUGUCACUAUGUUGACGUUUUCUUCCACUCAGAUAUGGAGAACAGCCCGUAUUUUAAACAAAAGACUAAAGUCUUCAGCCCUGAGUAUGGCCGGUAGGUCUAUCUCCAGAGGUGCUGCUCCAGGCUCAAUGUGUGACGCUGAGACCAUCUUUGCGUUGUCGUCAGGCCACGGCCGGUGCGGGGUGGCCGUGGUGAGGGUGAGUGGCCCUGCCUCCUCCACAGCCCUGAGGAGCAUGGCGGGACUGACCAGGGCCAUGCCUCCUCCCCGCCGGGCACUGCUGCGCACUAUCACAGACCCGCGCUCCACUGAGGUGCUGGACCGCGGACUGAUUCUCUGGUUUCCAGGGCCGCAGAGUUUCACCGGAGAGGACAGUGCAGAGUUCCACAUCCAUGGCGGUCCUGCUGUUACCUCUGCUGUCCUGCAGGCCCUUGGAAGCCUGGCUGGCUUGAGGCCAGCGGAGGCGGGGGAGUUCACACGACGGGCCUUCCACGCAGGAAAGCUGGACCUAACGGAGGUGGAGGGCCUCGGGGACCUGAUCCACGCGGAGACAGAGGCCCAGAGGAGGCAGGCUGUCAGGCAGAUGUCUGGGGAGCUGGGGCGCCUCUACCAGGACUGGGCCUCCCGACUCAAGCGGUGCCUGGCCCACAUCGAGGCCUUCAUCGACUUCAGCGAGGAUGAGCUCAUCGAAGACGGCGUCAUAAGUCAAGUGGACGGUUGGGUGUGCGCCCUGCAGGGGGAGCUGGAGGGUCAUCUGAAGGACGAGCGGCGAGGCGAGAGGCUCCGCAGCGGCGUCCAGGUGGUCAUCGCCGGAGCCACCAACGCCGGGAAGAGCAGCCUGCUCAACGCACUCUGCCAGCGCCCGGCGGCCAUCGUGUCCCCGGUGGCCGGGACCACCAGGGACGUGGUGGAGACGGCGCUGGACAUCGGGGGCUUCCCCGUUCUGCUGAGUGACACGGCGGGCCUGAGGGACAGCCCCGACCCCGUGGAACAGGAGGGCGUCCGCAGGGCGAGGGAACGGGUGCAGCAGGCGGACCUGGCCCUGGUGGUGGUGGACUGCACCCUGCUGCCCCCAGACCCCCAGCAGGCCCCUGCCUUCCUCCAGGGGUACAUCCACAGUGUGCUCCCCCCCCGGGAGGAGCCUGACCCAGUGAGGUGUGUGCUGGUGCUGAACAAAGCGGACCUGCUCCCCGAGCAGCGCUGGGGGCAGCUGGAGCGGGCGCUGGCGGGGGCCACCCUGCCCCCCCAAGGCACCGCCCUGCCCCCCCAAGGCACCGCCCUGCCCCCCCAAGGCACCGCCCUGCCCCCCUGGUGCCUGGCGUCCUGCCACUCCGCCGCCGGGCUGCAAUCUCUGCUGGAGGAGCUGCAGGCCGGGCUGAAGGCUCUGUGUGGGGACCCCCUGGCCGCCGGGCCCCCCAGCCUGACACAGGCGCGGCACCGGGCCCACCUGACGCAGUGCGUGGCGGCGCUGCAGCAGUACCAGCGCCUCCGGGACCGGGACCUGGCGCUGGCGGCGGACGGCGUGCGGCUGGCCCUCAGCAGCCUGGGUCGCAUCACGGGCCGGGUCGGCGCCGACGAGAUCCUGGACAUCGUCUUCAGAGACUUCUGCAUCGGGAAGUAGAGGCCAGGAAGUAGAGCGAGGGCAGGAAGUAGAGCCAUCAGGAGCAGGAAGUAGAGCCAGCAGGGGCAGGAGGUAGAGCCAGCAGGGGCAGGAGGUAGAGCCACCAGGGGCAGGAGGUAGAGCCAGCAGGGGCAGGAGGUAGAGCCAGUAGGGGCAGGAGGUAGAGCCAGCAGGGGCAGGAGGUAGAGCCAGCAGGGGCAGGAGGUAGAGCCAGCAGGGGUAGGAGGUAGAGCCAGCAGGGGUAGGAGGUAGAGCCAGCAGGGGCAGGAGGUAGAGCCAGCAGGGGCAGGAGGUAGAGCCAGCAGGGGUAGGAGGUAGAGCCACCACCAGGGGUAGGAGGUAGAGCCAGCAGGGGCAGGAGGUAGAGCCAGCAGGGGCAGGAGGUAGAGCCAGCAGGGGCAGGAGGUAGAGCCAGCAGGGGCAGGAGGUAGAGCCACCACCAGGGGCAGCUCUCAGACACUCCACCACUCAAAGAAAAGACAGUUCUUGGACUAAUAUGAAGUCUUUGGAAUAAGGUAUUGCUGUGAUUUAGAAUGAUUGAUUGGGGCCCUGCUUAUAGCCCCCCUGGGGCCCUGCUUAUAGCUCCCUGGGGCCCUGCUUAUAGUCCCCCUGGGGCCCUGCUUAUAGCCCCCCUGGGGCCCUGCUUAUAGCCCCCUAGGGGCCCUGCUUAUAGCCCCCUGGGGCCCCUAGAUCCAGAUGGCCAUACCUCGCCGCAGGCUGUAUUAUCCAUUUAGUUUCGGUACUUUUUGUUUCAGUGUCUAAAUAUCCUUCGGGAAGAAUACAUUCAUUUGUAAAAUGAGUUAAGCAUACAGCCAGCCAGUAUUCAGUUGGAAACAGGGUUGUUAUUUUUUGCUGUGAGGAUGAAGCCAUAAAGGUCAUGCUGACCCACAUCACGCUUUGCUCUGUGGGAUGCAGACGUUUUUUGUAUUUACUUUGGAGGUAAACCUCGCUGUCUUUUGUUCUCCUGUCAAUUUGUCCUCGAUGGAAUAUUUAUGUUUCCUCCCUGAACCGCUCCCCCCCCCCCCCCCGCCCCCCCCCCUUCCAACGCCUUCUGCUGCUCGACCAGCCGUCAUCUCUGACGACAUCAUCUCUGGCACACACACUAACUCACACAGAAUCCAUUUGAAAUAUGAAUUGUUUUGUAUUGACUUCUUCUGCUGUCUGUUAAUCUCUUCCACUCAUUGACUCUUGCUCACUUGCGUCACGGUCUCGGCGUUGACUCGUAACAUGCUGGCGUUAAAUGACGAGCCAUAACGAGAUGAGGAGGGCUGUUCCAUAAAUCAGAGACACUAAAAGGGGCCAACAGCACAGCUUUGAAGUAACACUUUAAAUCCCUUGGAGACCAUUUCUAUGUUUCAGCAGAGGAAAUAUUUCAGUUUAUAGGUCCUGAAAUAUCAGGAUGAUGAAAGCUUUACAUCAAUCCGCUCAUGACUCAAAUGAGAUGGCAAAAUUGUUUGUGUGUAAAAUAUAGAUAUAUAUGUUUAGACAUUUGCCAAAAGUUGAAUGCGUUUGUAAUGAAGAAAGUGUGAGUUGGCUGACGGUUGUAAAACCCCCAGCCCUGGUUGAUGGCCGUACUUAUUGAACAUGAACCCUAUGGAGGAACCAACAUGUUAUUUUCGAAUCGGGAAACAGACACGUUGUGGACAAUGCCAAGUACAAGUUGUUUGUGCAUCUUGUGCCUAUAUGCAGAUACACACUGGAAACACGCUCCCAUGUCGACACAAAGGAUUUCCUGAUAACACUUCACCUGCUGACAGACCCCUCAGCAGAGCGCUCACCGAGGGCUGCUUGUUUGCGCGUUCAUCUUAAUUUAGAUCCUUUGCUUACGCAGAGGCCAAGUGCCUCUUAAAUCUUCCUGACAGAGAGCCGGCCGUUGUGAGGGCCAUGACUUUAUGUAAACCUCUUGAAGCUUCAGACGUGAUCAGUUGAACCAAAAGUUUCUACUACACUUCAAUGCUCAGACCACAGUCUAGACUCUAUAGCAACAUGCAUAAUGCCAGUGGAAGAGGACGAUCAACCAAUCAGGAUAUGACUGAGUUCACGUGCAGAAUGAAGUGGUGUUUCAGUGUUUCCCAGAGGUAUUUAAUGGUUUGUUAAAAGAUGUUUAUCGAUUUGAUGAGUUUGAUGCCGUGGAUUGGAUAAGUGUACAGAUUUAGAGGACAGACAAGCAUUAAAGGUUGACGGUUUCAGUGUUAUUGCUGGACCAAAGCUGUCCAGUUGUGCUUUGGCCAGUCUUUGUGGUGUUCAUUUAAAGAAAGAAGCAGGGUUUUGGUUAUUGGUUUUAUUUAUUAAAGGCUGUUGAAAAAAAAUCAGCUAUUUAUUUCUUCAUAAAACAAUCAUAAAUUAGCAAUAACCUUGAUGCAAAGUCAAAUAUGUGAAUACAAAAACAUUGACACUUUUUCCGCUGAUGAUUACAAGGAAAGGAAUAAACAAAUUGUACAUCAAGGACAAUUGCAACCGCAAUACUAUCAAAUAAGUGUUUAGUCAGGCAUAUAUUAUAUGUAAUAAUUAUACGUUAAUGUGAUAAGCUGUAGAUGAUAAAUAGCUAGUGUAUACAUCCUUUCAUGAUUCAAGUGUUUUGUGUCAUAAAUAAACAUGUUUGGUAAUUUACACUAAUCGACAAUAAUUCAACAUAUUGAAUUCUUUCGAGUGAAAAUGUUUCUGAAGCACUCAACUUGGAAGCUGAGAGUCUGCUAUUUGUAGAUGCCUGAGUCUUCUUAUGCAGUUCUAUGUCUGCAGCUUUUCAUUCCAUUGAAUAGACCCCUGGGUGAAGUCCUCCGGUUGAUCUGCACUCUCAGUAUAAACGUGGAUCUAUAGAGAUAUACAGAUUCUAUACAGCUGCUCUCUUUAACUGGACCGUUAUCCACUGCCUGGCAUCGGUUUGGUCACCUGACCCUGCUGCAGAGGACAUUUAGCAAGCGGGAAGAAAACAAAUAUAUGAUAUCAAUAUCGUAUUCACAGU